UUCUCAUAUUAGUUAAUUAGUUAAUUGCUACAUUUUUACAUUUCUCAUAUUAGUUAAUUAGUUAAUUGCUACAAUUUUACAUUUCUCAUAUUAGUUAAUUGCUACAUUUGUGCAUUUCUCAUAUUAGUUAAUUAGUUAAUUGCUACAUUUUUACAUUUCUCAUAUUAGUUAAUUAGUUAAUUGCUACAAUUUUACAUUUCUCAUAUUAGUUAAUUGCUACAUAUCUCAUUAACGUAAAAAAAAUCUAGUUAAUUUUUACAUUUCUCAUAUUAGUUAAUUAGUUAAUUGCUACAAUUUUACAUUUCUCAUAUUAGUUAAUUGCUACAUAUCUCAUUAAAGUAAAAAAAACUAGUUAAUUUUUACAUUUCUCAUAUUAGUUAAUUGCUACAUAUCUCAUUAAAAUAACAAAACUAGUUAAUUUUUACAUUUCUCAUAUUAGUUAAUUGCUAAUAUUUGUUCAAUUUUAAAGAUGGAGCGAGGUAGACAUUCUGUAGAUGUGGGUAUUGCAUUUGUUCUUGAUCCUCGUUAUAAACUUCCUUACUUGGCAAAUUGUAUAGAUUACUAUUAUGCUUCUUUUUUUCCAACUCAAGAGUUCGAUGAUAAUCCCAUCGACCCUAAACAAGAAUUCAACGAGGUUAGUAAUUUAUUUCAUCAAUUGUAUAAUGAAUUUCAUGCACAAUAUGGUAAUGCACCCCCUCCCAUGCAACGAACAUCUUCUUCAUCUAAAGGAAAAUCACUUUUAAAAUCCGCUUUUGGUUCUCUAUUGAAAAAAAGUAGAGCAACUCCCGCUACUGAACAAAGCUCAGGUAACGAGCUUUCUUUGUAUCUAACAUUGAAUGUUGAUUAUGAAGUUGGUGAUGACUUUGACGUUCUUAAGUGGUGGAAGGAAAAUGAAAGAACAUUCCCGAUUUUAUCAAAGAUGGCUAAGCAAGUACUAGCAAUGCCGAUAUCAACCGUUGCCGUGGAACAAGAAUUCAGUGCGGCCGGCAACGUCCUAACCGAUUUUAGAACGAGGUUGAGCCCGAGCUCUCUUGAGACACUAGUUUGCUUUCACGAUUGGUUGAAGGCCCAACGAAGAACUCAAGAAAUUACCAUCACUCCCUCCCGCCACUUUAUGGAGGAAACAACCGAAGGCGGAGAGUCCGAUUGAUUUUUUAUUACAAAAUGUAUUACAUUUUUUAAAUUCA